GAUUCAUUCAAAUUGAGAACUAACUCAGUGAAACUUGACUUCGAUAACCUGAAAGAGUCUGCUCAUAAUUUUCAAUCAUUGAAGUGUGAAAUUUUUGCAUGUGGUAUCAACUUUCAAAAAAUCAAGAAUCUGUUUAAAUCAUCAAGUUGUCAUUCCAAACGUUUGUCAUCUUUGAAUAAUGGCCACCGUGUCUAAACACAAGAAAGUGAGAAUCAUGAAGCAGAAGUUAAAACUUUUCCGAGCCAAUGAACCAUUAAAGAGUGUACUGAUGUGGGGCAUAAAUUAUUCGUUUUCUGCUUUAAAUCAUGUUAAGCAACGUGCACUGUUAUUAAAAGACGAUUUCAAAGCAUAUAUGAAAGUGAAGGUUAAUAACCACCAUUUUAACAAGGAGAAUAUGCCAAGUAGAUUCAAGUUUAAGGAGUACUGCCCAAUGGUGUUCAAGUCAUUGCGAGAUCGAUUUGGAGUUGACAAGAUGGAUUAUUGGGACUCUUUCACCAGACACCAACCAUUGUGGGAUAGUACACGUGGGAAAUCUGGAUCGAAAUUUCUAGUCACGUAUAACCGACAAUUUGUGGCCAAAACAAUCAGUUCAGAAGAAGUUGAACAAAUGCAUCAAAUGUUAGAAGAAUAUUAUUCCUAUAUUGUCAAGGGACACGGUCAAACACUGCUUCCUCAAUUUCUUGGGCUUUAUCGACUUACAGUGAAUGAUCAGGAGUCGUAUAUAUUAGUAAUGAGAAAUGUGUUCAGCCCAAGACUUGCAAUUCACAAGAAAUAUGAUUUGAAGAAUAUUCUGUAUUCAAGUCAUCAUGUGAAGCGUUCUGUAAGUAUCCACUCCUUUGUCGCUCAUGGGUCGACUCAAUUGUCGAGUUCCAAGAUCAACAUUAAUAAUGCUGUGACAGUUUUAGAAAAGGAGCACAAACGUCGUCUACGGAUUAAAAAGCAUUCGUUUCAAAGUACCACAGGUGGCUCAGCUGUGGAUCGUGAAGCCAACGAAAAAGAGAAGUCGAAGCCUUUACCGACUCUGAAAGAUGCAGAUUUUCUCACAGAUUUGUGCAAAAUGCAUAUUGGUGAAGAGUCUAAAAAGAAAAUGUUAAGUACUCUGGAAUGUGAUAUACAAUUCUUACAGGAGAACAAUUUGAUCGACUACAGCCUUCUCAUUGGGGUGCAUGAUCCUGGGAUUGCACUGGCUAGUUCACUUGAGGAUGCCGGUGAUGAUGGUGAAGGGACUGGUGGUGCUGGGGUUGGUGGAUGUGUGGGUGCGGGUGUUGGUGGAGGUGGUGGUGUGUUGGAACCUAACAGUCGGGGCUUCGAUGAUAGGAUGGUGUCUGCAGGUGACGGUCUUGGAUCACUUAGCUCACAAUGGCAAUGUGGUCGUUUGUCGAUGGCCAGAUCGAGUAUUGUGCUUGGUCUGAGCUCGUCAGCAGCUGUUGAGGCUGCUAGUUGUGGUGUUGGUGGUGUCGGAGUUGGCUUUGGGACUGGGAAUGCGAGCACAGGUGAUGAUGACGAUGAAGAGGAGGACGGGAUCAGUAUACCAGAGAAUAAUGCACAACUCCCUACAAGUGAAUUAACCCCACCCGAUAGUCCACCUGGUGCAGAAUGUCUACCUCAAUUAUUCUCAGGUGAAUUGCAUCCUACUUUAGAACAUUAUGGAAUCAAAAGUUCAAUUGAUUCUCCUCAUCCACUGAUUUAUUUUGUGGCUAUUAUCGACAUACUAACUCGUUAUGGGAUGCGUAAACGUACAGCGCAAACUUACAAAACAGUGAAACAUGGUGCUGAUGGUGGCUCUGUGAAACCGGAAUUCUACGGUCGUCGUUUAUUGGAAUUUGUUGAACAGUGCAUUGACUGAGGAGAAUGAGGAGUCUUAUUGACCUGUGUAUGAAUGUACGCGUCGUUCUCUUUAUUUAUUUAUCUAUCUUACUGUGUAUGUAUAUAGUUUGCUGUAUCCAGUUCCUAUGUGUUUGUAAAUAAAUUCGUGCAUAUCUGACUAUUCAACUAUCCAUCUGUACACAUAGGCUGUUAAUGCAUGCAUCCACACAUACAUACAUGCAUUUACAUAUGGACACACACACUCACAUACAGUAUGCAUAAAUAGAUGGGCAUGGACGUGUUGCCCUUUGUUGUUCCAGUGUGGAAGAAUUGUGAUCAGAAACCUUGUUCCUUUUGUUUUGUUACAUUUUUCUUCUGUUGAGUACUUGUUUCUCUUUUUUUGAUUACUUUGUGGACACUUUGGAGUGUUCAACGUGUAUGUGACUUUUCAUUGAUUAUACUGUUUCUUUGAAGAAUACUGACUGUGAUGUUUGGAUAGUUGUUGAAGGUGGAAUGAUGUUGGAUGUGAUAUUAUAUGGUUAGCUUAGUGUUGACUAAUUGUAAGCAGUGUGAUUGUGUUUAUUACAUGAGAAUUUACUAUUAUGAAAAUGAAUAAUCAAUACAUUAUUGUUGUUUUAUGUUGAGAUCAGCGGAGUUUAAUGCUAUAUAUUUUUGUCUAGAACACUGAAAACAAGUACGGUAUAAAUUUGUGUUAUCGUGUGUCCGAAUUAAAAAGCUAUGCAUUGCACGAUAUUGAAUUGUUCAUGUCAGUUGUUAGAUAUAUCUGAACUCAAGUAGCUCAGACUAUACUGAAUCUAUACUGUUGAGUAUCUCAUCUGCUUUCGAACUUUUUUUCCACAUAUUGUUCAUGUUACUGAUCGAAUAAUCGACCACCAAAUAACGCAAACAUUAUUUUGAUAAAGGCAUUCUAACGCUUUAUUUUCUGUUUAUCAAUUGAGUUUCUGUUUGUUCAGAGCCAUAAUUAUAAUAUACUGUUAUGACCUCUUCUAAUUUUGUCCGAGAUAUUUUUAUACUGGUCGCGUCUGCUGAUAAGUGUAAAGGUGCCACAGAUAUUCAAGUUUUGACGACUUCUUUUCUGUAACACCCUUAUAAUUGAAUUAUACUAAUUUAGUCAAACC